UAGAAAUCAUUUUGAUUGAUAUUCUAGGCAUAAUCUUCCCUCUUCUCAAGCUCUUCACCACAAACUCUUGCAAUGGCCAAGACCGGAAAAUCAAAGAGCAAGUUCAAGGCAACCACGAGCUUCACCGAGGCUCGCUUCAACUACCUCGAUGGAUCAUUCUUAUUGUUCAAAAACGAGGUGGAACUUACCCAGUUUCUCACCUACUUCGCCAACCGGGCAGUGGCUACUCCGAGGUUUCUUCUAGAGACCCAUAUAUCUAGACAAGAAGGGCUACGAUACCCUGGAUGCUCAGCUCCAACAAUCAGGGUUAUUUCCCUUCAUCUCCAAGUCCCGGAAGAACAUCAAUCCAGAACUUGUUCAGGCAUUCUACUUCAACCUUCGGACCUCCGCCGUGAAGGAGACAUCAUUUACUCUAUGGUUAGAUCCCAACUCAUAGAGCUCAGCGUGGAAAGGCUUAGACGUAUCGUCGGGCUGCCAUUCCAAGGAGUCGACAUCUCCCACUUUGGUGGAGAAGACUGGGUGCUCAACAACUUAGGGUUGUUCAUCAAAGAACUAGACAUCAGCGAACUCAUCCAGUAUGCCACCGGACGCCUGACCAUCCACUCUAUCCCUCUAGAAAACCAGCUGCUACUCUACAUCAUCGCUUGGAUUCUCAAGCCUCGAGAUAGAAGCCACAUGACCAUGUUUGGUGAGGAUCUUAAGAUAAUCCACGCCAUCAUGCACCUCGCACCAAUCAAUUGGGCCAAGUUUGUGAUGAUCCACAUGGCCGAUGCCGCCACCACCGCGCACAAUCGGAUCCUGCCCUAUGCCUUCUUGGUAAUAGAGAUUCUCGAAUGCAAAAAAAUUACCAUCACCACAUGGCCUCUUACCAAGGCAACGAAUAUUUGGACCAUUGAUGACCAAACCUUUAAGAAGAGGUCAGAAAGCGGCACCCCUGCCUCAUGCCAAACUGAUGCCCAUGACCGAGCCACUAUCGGCUCCAUAGCCGACUUUAUUCGGUGUUUGAGCCCCACAAUUGAUGAGAUGGGUAGUGCCAUGGAGAGGAUUGACAUGACACUUCAACGCCAAGGCUAUGCAAUGCAAUCCUACUUCGACUGUGUAAAUUAUUUGCCAGUGCCAUACCCGUAUAACUUCCUCGGUCAAGAAUACACUAUUCACUCCUCAGCUUUUGUUGAGCGUGUAGUUGUUUUUGCUACACGCAGAAUGAGUGAUGCAUCUAUGCAUGCCCACGACAACACUCAACAAUUGGGCGGUGAGCAUGCCGACGUUGAAACGGAAGCGUCUAGCUUCAUGCCUCAGCAGAACGCUGGGCAGCCCAACGUACCGCUGAACACUGGGAACAACCAGAACUUCGGGAACCAGCCUGAGGCUGCCAUGCCUGCUUUCAUGGCUCAAUUCCUGCAACAGAUGGCAAACGCGCCAAUGUUCUAACCGCCUCCGCCGCCGCAGCAACAGAUCACCUUCAAGACUUUGAAGGAUAACGGAGCUGAAGAGUUCCUUGGGGAUCGAGUGGUUGAACCCCAGGU